CUUCGGAUGACUGCAUGCAAAACAUGUCAAAAUUCCAAAUUUGAAUAACAAUUCUCAAUCCACAUAGCAAGAUGACGACUAAUCAACUGAAGUCAGCCGAACAAGAGCCUCAAGAAAUGCAACUCAGACUUGUUCUAUGCCAUAGACUUGCUGCUUGGCGUGCCCUCAACGAGGAUUACCAACAAGUGCAGACAAUAGCUCUGGAAUUUCAACAAUGGUUUGAAAUGGCAGCUGAGAAAAUUGAAUGUUUUGAGCAAGUGCUAAAACAACGCAAGGAAAUGUGUGAUGAACACAUCCAAAGUCUAACAAAUGCGGGUGAAAUCUCUAGAAAUUGGAGCAUGAAAUAUUUUCAGUUACAGCGGAAGCACAAAGAGCUACGUCGCCUCAGAGAUGAGCUCUUGAAAGCCAAAGAAACGUUGCGAAAUCGCCAAUUGCAGCUUGAGCUUGUUAAAAAGCAACUGCUGCAACAAACAAUUGAUUCGCACCGUGCUAUGCACAGUCUAAAAACCUGCAAAGCCAUGAAUGUACAUUUGCGGGAACGCAAUCUAAAGCUCGAAACGGUGUCUUUGGAGGUCAUGGAGUUGUAUAGAUGUCGUGCUCUGAUGUUGGCCAAUCAAACAAUGGAUAUGGAACAGGAAUUGAUUGCGGCGCAGAGCAAAUCGAGAGUCAUUUCGGAUGUUAGCACGCAUCUGCAAUCUAACAUUAAGCAAAUACAAUUGCGAGAAAGUCGACUUAUUGAACAACUGGCAAAGUAUUCAAAGCUGGAGGUAGAGCUGAAGCAAAAGGCAGUUGGAAGACUGAUUUCGAAUGUCCUGUACUAUUUACGCUUCUUGUGGGAAUGUGUUUCUAGUUUGUCGCAUUAUCCGCAGUUAAAAGGCUCAUAUUACAAGUUCCAGAGCGCUUUGGCAUUUUUAUAAAUUGAAUUUUGAAUUGGCGCGCAACAGCAGCACGAGACGUUGCAACAAGCGCACGGAAUGCAAGGCAACAGAAAUAUUAAUAUUGUAAUAGAAUUUGGUAAUACUUAUGCAAAUGUCCCAUAUUGACUAUAAACCAUUAUUUAUUGUAUGCA